GUGCGACGACGCCGGAGAGGUUCACAUAACACAAUGACAACAAGUUUAAAACAGGCUUUAAAAACCCAUUUUGGGUUCGACAGCUUCAGGUCUAAACUACAGGAAGAUGUUGUGAAAGCAGUCAUCAGAGGUGACAGGGAUGUGUUUGUGUGCAUGCCCACUGGAGCAGGAAAGUCCCUCUGUUACCAGCUGCCUGCAGUGCUGGCAGAGGGUAUCACUCUGGUUAUAUCCCCGCUCAUCGCUCUCAUUCAGGACCAGGUGCACCACCUGAAGGAGCUCAACAUCCCCGCCUGCUCCAUCAACUCCAAGCUCCCUGCAGGCGAGCGUCGUCUCAUCCUGACCGACCUGGAGAGCAGCAGCCCGAAGCUGAAGCUGCUCUACAUCACUCCAGAGAUGGUGGCCUCUCCCUCAUUCCAGCCCUGCCUGACAGGCCUGUGCUCCCGUGGCCUGUUGUCUUACCUGGCCGUGGACGAGGCUCACUGCGUCUCCCAGUGGGGCCACGAUUUUAGGCCGGACUACCUCAAACUGGGUGAGCUGCGCGCUCGCUUGCCUGAAGUUCCCUGCUUGGCCCUGACAGCGACGGCACCCAAGAAUGUUCAAGAGGACAUUGCUCAGUCCCUGAGGCUACGCAUGCCACUAUCUUUUGUUACACCUGUUUUUCGCAGUAACUUGCACUAUGACGUGAUCUUCAGGGAGCUGCUGCCGAACCCAUACGUCCACCUCCAUGCCUUUAUUAAGAAGGCGCUGUCACUGGGCAGCGGGCCUAAUGAACAGGGUUGUGGGAUUGUUUACUGUCGGACCAGGGAGGGCUGUGAAACUGUGGCUUACCAGCUGACCAAGCUUGGAGUCUUGGCCAAGCCUUAUCAUGCAGGGCUGAAAGCAGGAGAUCGCACAGAGGUCCAGAAUGAGUGGAUGCAGGGGAAGGUGCUGGUUAUUGUAGCCACCAUCAGCUUUGGUAUGGGAGUAGACAAGGCCAGUGUCAGGUUUGUGGCUCAUUGGAACAUCGCUAAGUCUCUGGCCAGUUACUACCAAGAGUCUGGGCGAGCAGGGAGAGAUGGACUGCCUUCCUCCUGUCGGACAUACUACUCCCCUAGAGAUAAGGAGCAGCUUAACUUCCUCAUCCACCAGGAGGUUGCCCGCAGACAGGAAAAACGUGGCUCUGCAAAGGAGUCAGACAAAGCAGCCAUUAAGGACUUUGAAGCCAUGGUGUCGUUCUGUGAGCAAGAAGGUUGUCGUCACGCUAUCAUCUCCAAGUUCUUUGGGGACAAGACGCCAAACUGUGCUGGCUCCUGUGACUACUGCCGUAACCCUAAAGCUGUACGAGCCCAGCUGGAGAGAGCGGCCGCCCUCAGCACCAAGACUGUGGCAGCUCAGAGCAAAGAGCCCAAAGGACCAUUCGGGUUCCAGCCGGAUGUUUACGAAGGAGGAAAGAAAGGCUACGGCUUUGAGAGGUACGAUGAAGGGGAAGCCGGCAAUAGCGAAGAUGAAUCAAUAAAGAGAAAAAAGGAGUUUUCUGAACUCUUCAAGAAGCAGAUGAACCUACGGAAGGGAACUGACGGUCAGAGGGAAGAGUUUGUUCCCCCAGAUGCUGACUGCCCACUCAGAGAGGCCAGCAGCCAGAGGAUCCCCAAGCUCACUGUAAAGGCCAGAGAGCACUGCUUGUGCCUAUUGGAAGAGGCGUUACAAGGCCACCAGAGGGCAGAAGAUAUGUUCAGCUGUGACACUCUGUCCGUGGCGGUGGAUAUUGAACAUGAGGUCUUCAAGAGCAGCAAGUCCUCCAACUUGUACAAAGCUGCUGUUCUAAAGAAGGUGUCAGAGAUUAAGAAAGCACAUCCCUCAGCUGGAGGAGAAAGAGGAGAGAGUGACAAGACCAACAGUGGCAGUGAAUCCAGGGAAAUUGAGUCUGAACUCAAAGCAGAAGCAUCCUCCUCCUCUUCUUCAUCCGUUUCUGGGGAGCUGCAGGGAUUUACAUCUGCAUCUGAAAUCUACUCUCUAAAGCGUAAGAGGAAAGGGGCAGGCCAGAGGGGCUCAUCCAACCCCAUCCAGACUGCCAAGGAUCUGCUGAAGUCCUCCACGUUAGACACAGUUUCAAACAGAGGGUCACAGGGUGGUGGGUUUUACAAUGACAGCUUGGGAGGAUCUGUAGAGUCGUCUGUCAAAGGAAACAAGGAGAGAAUAAUCGAGGCAAACACAGACACAUCUUUAACAUCAUCCAUCAGAGCCCAGGCAAAUGCAGUCGCUGCAUCCAUGAACAGCCCGACAAAGGGGGGCAAAGCCCUGAGCAAGAAGCAGCAGAAGCUGGCGGAAGCGGCAAAGAGUUCCCGCAACAUUUCCCAGUACUUUGCGAAGAAACAGACAACAGAUAAAAGCCAGGAGAAGCCAGAGACGUUGGGGGGACUUAAUGCAACAUUAAAUCGAACUACCACUCUGGUCCCUGAAGAAAACACAACCCAGUGGGACCACUCACCUGUGACAGUGGAAGCUGUAGAGAACAGUCCUGUCGAAUCAGAAACUGCAGAUGUGAUCCUAGAAGAAAGUCAAAAGAAAGUCAUAGUUAUAGAUGACGACAAAGACGAAACGAAGACAGAGACUUCGGGGCUGAAGCAGGUUCAAGACACAUCUAAAGAGGAUAUGAGACAAAACAAACUAGAGGAAGAAGCUAAACCCCCUCUAAUUCAAGAGUUGACAGAUGAUAUGAAAGCCAGCGGAGACUCGUCUCCUCCAGCGAAGCGCAGCCGGGUCUCAGGCAGCAGCCGCAGAAGGGUGACCUUUGACCCUAACGUGCAGGAGAGGGCCCUGCACCCGGUGAACGAGCCUCCGAAGCCAGUGACGCUGAAGGAGGCGGCAGAUAUCGUGGUCCGCUAUCUGGACCCUUUUUACACUCAGGGAAAAUUUGCCACCAAGGAGCUGUUCAAGUCCUUCGCUCGCUACUUGUCUCACCUUCUUGCAGAAGGAAGGAGUCGGGGAAAAGGCCAAGUUAAAGCAGAAGCCAAAGCUCUCAUCAAAAAGUUCUUCAGCAGAGUCCAGCGCUGUGAGAGCGAGGCGGACUGGAAGCACCUUAAAAGACCACACAGCUGUAAAACCACAGAGAACACAGAAUGAUGGGAAAGGAAACAUAGCCAUUUUUAGGAUCAGACCCUUCCUCUUAGUCAGUGCCUCUUGUUCCUGUGAUCUCAGGCUUUGUCACAGACGCCUACUGACAAGAUUUAUGGUUCAUUUGCUGCUAGAGUUCUGCUUUUUUUUCCAGGCUGGUUGCUGCUUCAGUAGUUUAUGUCAGUAAUCAAGCAAUAAAAUGUGGACUGUUACAGCCUGAGAGAACUGACGUAGCACACUAACAUGACAAGUGCUCUUUAUGUUUCAUCCCAUUAACUUUAGAUUUUGUACACUUUACAUUUCUGAUGACCAAAGCAUACAGUUACUACAGUAGUGAUACAAAUAACUCUUUAACUCUUCUAUGGGUAGCAAUCACACUUCAGUUCACUAUAAUAUGGGAAUACUGUAUGAAACCUUUGUGGUAAUGCACUCUUCAGUCUGCACUUAUACCUGCAGUAAAGCAUGCUUCAAGUCUC